AUGAAAAUCUUGAGACAAAAAUCAAAGCAAGGUCGAUUCCAAGAUGCCGAAUUCGCUUCUCAGGCCAUCUAUGCAGCCCUUCACCUCAUCGGUCUUCACCACAAUACUAUCCUGCGUCGUGCUGCACGUCAACAUGCACAGGAAACCCACACUCAAUUGACAGAAGAAACAAAGUUUAACAAAUAUUUUCUUUACUGGACUAAUCGGUCUGAGAUCUACAAAAGAACAUCUGCACUAUUGUCAGUCAUUCAAUAUACUCAGGUGUUGACAGAGAUGGCUGUGAUGAAGCAAUGGGGUAAAAAAGCUCAAUGGCGUUGGAUUGCUUCGGUUGAGUCAUUAAAGGCGAUAUUAAAGCUCAUUGUCCUGCAUGUGACGUCUCAUCGUAUGAACUUAUCACCCACCCACUUACAACGCAACGUGGAUCCAGCUACCUUGGUGCCAACCAUAGCACCAAAGGAACCAACUACCUGGACAGCCAAGCGUACAGGCAAACAGGUUCCUGGAAUUGCAUCUACCGUCUCUCUUGAUCCAAAAACCCAAAAGAAAUACACUGAUGUUACAGAUUAUCUGCUGUCUAAAGUCCUCACACCAGAAAAAUUACGCAAACCAGAAGACAUGGUUCACACAUUGUCACCUCUUGGACGUCUAGGUGAAAUACUGGCCAUUUUGAGACCAUUGAUCUACGUGUUUUCGAUUCUUCGAUUUGGCAAACGAUCAUGGACACCUUGGAUUCUUUCCCUCUUGGCUGAGAUUGGGUCUCAAUUGGCCCUUUACAAGUCAUUCAAUACCGAUGGCAAUCCCUCGAUGAUGCCACUCGAGAAACAAGAGUUCUAUAGACGUAUACGCGCAAUGUGGUACAACCUCUUGAGAGGCGCAUUCUACACGUACAUCACACGACCUCGCUUUGAAAGAUUCUGCAAUUCUGUCGAAAACAAAACACUCAUGUCUAUCCCAGGAAGUAUCUUGCGAGACUAUCUCCCUCUGUGGGAAAAGAUCUAUUUCUACACCUCUUCUUCGUAA